AUGGCGCUCGAGAGCGAUAGCGACAGCGACGACGCGACUUCAGAGGACGUGUCCGAUCCAAGGUCUGAGGACGACUAUGAUAAUGAGGGCGUCAGCGUGGAGAACUUGCCAACCAUGGCCACCGUGGAGGUCGUGAAGAUGUCCGCGAAGCGCAAAACAAUGGCAGCGAUAUUGAAAGAGGCCGCGGCAGCCGCAGAGCUCGAGGGUCCGAAGCUGGGCCUCUUCGAUCUAAUAUGCAUCGGCAUUGGGACCUGUGUUGGCACUGGAGUUUUCGUCCUCAGCGGCGAGGUAUUGCCAGUAGCUGGACCUGCAGCCGUGCUCUCGUGGAUGGUUGCUGGCGCUGCGUGUCUGCUCUCGGCUCUGUCGUUCAUGGAGCUGUCAGCGCGGCUGCCCACAAGGGGCUCGACCUACGUCUUCGCGUUCCACUGCCUGGGUGAGCUUGCUGCCGUGAUCAGCUCUGUGUGCCUCACCCUGGAGUACGGCAUCUCUGGGGCUGGCGUCGCGAGGAGCUGGUCGGGGAAUGUGGCGAGCAUGGUCAACAGCGUUGCGUUCACCAGGAUGUGUUUCACGCCUUGGUCCAGCCUGGAGGGUCGCUAUGCAAGUUCGUUCAAUAGCGUCACUUCUGGAAACCACAGUGUGGAGGCCACCACCGUGCACGAGAUUCUUGACCAGCCUCAUCUCGAUUGGCUGGCUGGCCUCCUGAUGCUCCUGUGCGUGAUCCUGGUCACCGCUGGCGGGGACUGUGGCAAGAUGAUCACCAAUGCCUUCACCUGCAUGAAGGUUCUUCUGAUUCUCUUCAUGUCGGUCGGGUGCCUCGCACACUGGAACCAGGACAUCUUCGAGUCGUUUGGCGCCUUCGCGCCGCGCGGGACCACGGGCAUCGUCGACGGCGCCACGCUCCUCUUUUUCGGCUUUGUGGGCUUCGACGAGGUCUGCUGCCUGGCCUCCCGGUCCAAGGACCCCGCGAGGACGAUGCCGCGGGCCAUCGCCGGGACCCUCCUGGGCGCCACCGCCAUCUCGGCGGAUUGCAACAGGGCUGGCCCUCAGCUGCGUCACCCCGCCGGGCACGGCCGCGAACUUCGCCAGCGCCUUCAGGAGCCUGGGUCUCCCGUGGGCGGCCUCGGUGGUGACGAUCGGCGAGGCGGCGCUGCUGCCGCUGGUCGUCUUCGUCAGCUUCCUGCCCCAGCCGGAGCUCACGGCCGCCAUGGCCGAGGACGGGGUCCUGCCGAGCAUGUUCUGCAAGAGAGACCGGCAGGGCAGGUGCCAGGUGCUUUAAGAUCGGCGGCGAGCGAGCGGGGAGGGUGA